AUGGAGAACAGGACCAAAGUGACACAGUUCAUCCUCCUCGGACUAACCAGUGCCCCAGAACUGCAGGUCCCCCUUUUUCUUGUGUUCACUCUCAUUUACCUGGUCAAUGUGGUUGGAAACCUGGGGAUGAUCCUGUUGAUCCUCUCGGACCCUCGUCUCCACACACCCAUGUACUUCUUCCUCAGUAACCUGUCUCUGGUGGACUUUUGUUACUCUACAGCUGUCACUCCCAAGGUCAUGGCUGGGUUCCUUGUAGAAGACAAGGUCAUCUCUUACAAUGCAUGUGCUGCUCAGAUGUUCUUUUUUGUAGCCUUGGCCACUGUGGAAAAUUUCCUCUUGGCCUCAAUGGCCUAUGAUCGUUUUGCAGCAGUGUGCAAGCCUCUCCACUACACCACCACCAUGACGACACGUGUGUGUGCUCUUCUGGCCUUAGGCUCCUACAUCUAUGGUUUCCUGAAUGCCUCCAUUCACAUUAGGGACACAUUCAGUCUCUCUUUCUGUGUGUCCAAUCUGGUCCAUCACUUUUUCUGUGAUGUUCCUGCAGUCAUGGCUCUGUCUUGCUCAGAUAGACGCAUUAGUGAGCUGAUUCUUGUUUUUGUGGCAAGCUUCAAUAUCUUUUUUGCUCUGCUGGUUAUCUUGAUUUCCUACCUGCUCAUAUUUAUCACCAUCCUGAAGUUGCGCUCAGCUGAGGGAUAUAAGAAGGCUUUAUCCACCUGUGCCUCUCACCUCACAACGGUCUCCAUCUUCUACGGGACGGUCAUCUUCAUGUACUCCCAGCCCAGCUCCAGCCAUUCCAUGGACACGGACAAGAUCGCAUCUGUGUUCUAUACAAUGCUCAUCCCCAUGCUGAACCCACUCGUGUAUAGCUUGAGGAACAAGGAAGUAAAAAACGCAUUCAAGAAGGUGGUUGAGAAGACAAAACCGUCCCUAGGCUUUACCUUUUAA